UUUGAUAGAGUAUGAUACCAUGGAGGAAGGAUACAACAAGGGUUACUCCAUUAUUGAGUACUUGAAGGACGUGUGCUUGUUGGAAACCGGCUACUUGGAAGAUAGUGAGGUGAGAGUACAUGACAUUAUCCGAGACAUGUCACUGUGGAUAUCUUCUGAUUGCAGUAAAGAGCACAUGAAAUGGAUUGUUCAAGCCGGGCUAGGACUUUAUAACAUUUCUAAUACGGACAUCAAAACAUUUAGGUCAGCCAGAAAGAUAUCUCUAAUGUGCAAUUACAUCACUGAACUUCCUCCGGCCUUGAACUGUCCAAACCUCCAGUUUCUGUCACUACAACAGAAUUUUCGGCUCAAGGCCAUACCCCCUUCUUUUUUGAAGAGCAUAUUAUCUGUGACCUACUUGGAUUUGUCCUGGGUUCCCAUCAAGGAACUUCCAGAAGAAAUUGGCAUACUGGUUGAACUCCAGUAUCUCACGCUGAAGCAAACACACAUUAGAUUAUUGCCUAUUGCUAUCGGGUUACUAAGAAAGUUAAAGUUCUUGGACAUCAGCUAUAUGGAUUUCUUAGAGAAGAUACCCUAUGGUGUUUUUACAAAUUUGUCAAUGCUACAGGCCUUAAACCUAUAUGGUAGCAGGUAUGCGGGCCACAAAGCAGAUUUUGAUCCAGCAAACCACAUGGAUUAUGAUGAGUUUAGAGUCGAAGAAUUACCUUGCUUAAGUCUAGGAAUAACAGCAAAGAGAGUGAGUACUCUGCAGAGGCUUUUUGAUGUACCUGGAGUCCACUUGAGAUGCCUUGGUUUAUAUGAAUUGAAUGGAGAGAGAUCUCUUACUCUCACCUUAACAGAAAGUAUUUUUGUUCUGAAUGUAAUGGGCUAUUCUGAUUUAGAGGACUUCUGCAUUAUGAACAAGCCGCAAUGUUAUGGAGACCAUCUUUCGAGGCUGGAGUUCCUGACCUUUUGGGAUCUUCCUCGACUUGAGAAGAUUAGUAUGGAGCAUCUUCAGAACCUUCGUGUCCUUACGGUGGGGAGAACUUAUCAACUGGUAGACCUGACCUGCAUUUUAAAGCUACCAUAUCUGGAGCAUUUGAAUGUGUCUUGCUGUGAUAAAUGAAGCAGUUGGUUGAUAUACAGAAUGUUAUUGACACGGAAGGAAGAUAUCAAGUACCGAUUCAAGCAUUUCGGCAACUAAGAAUUUUGCAAUUAAAUUCGUUGCAAAGCUUGGAUAGAUUAUGUAAUUCUAAAUUGGAUUUUCCUUCUUUGGAAUACAUUGAUGUGUUUGCUUGCCCACGAAUGAAGAAACUACCUUUUGGGCAAAUGGGUAAACUGAAGAGCAUCAGAGGGGAGCAAACAUGGUGGGAUAAUCUCGAGUGGGAUGACGAAAGCAGUUUCUUGCCAUUGUUGCCAUUUUUUAAAUCAUCAGAAAUUUGCUCGGCAUCCUUUAGGCCAGAGUUAGAUGCUACUGUGAUAUCCUCCUCGCCGAAAGCUUUCUUCACCAAGAGGCAGCCCAUCUUGAAUUCGUCAGUACGAUUCACAUCCUAUCCACAAACAAUUUUUGAAACAGAGGAAUUCGAUGGGCAUAUGAAGAUGGAAUAGUUUCACCACUAUCAUCUAUCAAUACUUCUCCAGAACCACACAUUGUCUUUCAUUAGCUGCUCAAGUGUUUACCGCCUUGUGUGCUCUUGGGGUCACCUUCGGCGACGUUGCGAGCGUGCGAUCGACUACACCUUCGGAACCCGACUUAUCAACAGGCAAGGACUAUGCAUUACUUAUGAUCCAUUCUAUUAUAACCAGCGGUUUGCAUGCUAGUAUAGGCUAGCUUCGAUGUUUGAUCCUACCACAUGUUUACAACCUCCUUCAAACCAAUACAGCCAUGUCCCUUCCCAGCAAACCAUGUACUGCUAUGUUACUAUUGCUCGUUGCUCAGCCCCUGCUUAGUAUGCAUGCUUAGGAUGCUACGAAUGUUACCUCCUGUUACUCCUUGGUUUUGGGAUAUCACAUU